CCCAGUCAAUCAAAAAUCUAAUCCCAGUAACCUUAUAACCCUUGUCAUCCUCAAGCUACACCCACACAUUUUGAAAUCAGCAACUGCAAUAAUACCCUAAUGGAGUCUGUUGUUUCUGAGCUCGAAGGGACCCUUGUCAAGGACCCUGACCCCUUCUCCUACUUCAUGUUAGUGGCAUUUGAGGCUUCAGGGUUAGUUCGGUUUGCUUUGUUGCUCAUCCUAUGGCCGAUUAUUCGGUUGUUGGAUAUGUUUGGGAUGGGGGAUGCUGGACUCAGGCUGGCCAUCUUUGUAGCCUUUGCUGGGGUUCAUGAAUCAGAGAUCGAAUCGGUGGCGAGAGCGGUUUUGCCUAAGUUUUACAUGGAUGAUCUUGAUAUGGAGGCUUGGAAGGUCUUUAGCUCUUAUGAUAGAAGAGUUGUGGUGACCAAGACUCCUAGGGUUAUGGUGGAGAGGUUCCUGAAGGAGCAUCUGCGAGCUGAUGAGGUUAUCGGGAGCGAACUUGUCGUGAACCGGUUCGGGUUCGCCACUGGUUUCACUAGGAAUGAAGCUGGCUCCAUUGCUGAUCGUGUUAGCAUGCUGUUUGAGGAUAACCAACCAGACAUGGGGCUAGGAAGGAUCCCAUCUGGUUCAUCAUUUUUAUCUUUAUGCAGGGAACAAUCUCAUCCCCCAUUCAUGACUAAUCAAGACCGUGACCGCCAGCUCCUCCGCCCCCUUCCUGUGAUCUUCCAUGACGGCCGCCUCGUAAAGCGCCCGCUACCCUCUACAGCACUCCUGAUCAUCUUCUGGAUUCCUUUUGGCAUCUUGCUUGCAGUAACUCGCAUUGCCAUGGGCUUGUUGUUACCGAUGUGGCUCAUUCCCUACAUGUCUCGACUACUCGGCGGCAAGAUCAUUGUGAAAGGAAAACCACCGCCGCCAGCCUCUGGCUCCGACUCUGGUGUGCUCUUCGUCUGCACCCACCGAACCCUAAUGGACCCCGUUGUCUUGUCCACUGUCCUCCAGCGUAGCAUUCCGGCGGUAACAUACUCCAUUUCCAGGUUAUCGGAGAUCCUAUCGCCUAUUCCCACCGUCCGGUUAACUAGAAUUAGACAUGUGGACGCUGAGAAGAUCAAAAGAGAGUUGGCAAAAGGGGAUUUAGCAGUAUGUCCUGAGGGAACAACCUGCCGAGAACCCUUUCUUUUGAGAUUCAGCGCACUUUUCGCUGAAUUAACCGACAGGAUCGUGCCGGUUGCCAUGAAUUACAGGGUGGGGUUUUUUCAUGCAACCACAGCAAGGGGUUGGAAGGGUUUGGACCCUAUCUUCUUCUUCAUGAACCCUCGACCCAUCUACGAAGUGACCUUCUUGAACCAGUUACCAGUGGAAGCUACAUGCUCAGCAGGAAAAAGUCCACAUGAUGUGGCGAAUUAUGUGCAGAGGAUCUUAGCAGCUACGCUAGGGUUUGAAUGCACCAACUUUACUAGGAAGGACAAGUAUAGGGUUCUUGCAGGGAACGAUGGAAUAGUAUCAUACAUUUCAUUUCUUGAUCAGAUGAAGAAGGUGGUCACCAACUUUAAGCCUUUUAUUCACUGAAAAAAAAGGUAAGAUUGAUGCUAUUUGCCAUGACGGAUCAUGUAUUACACUCAGGUUUUUGUAUAUGGGUGGGACUUGUAUUCAUUUAUUUUUCUUUCGACUU